AUGGGAGAGGAGUUCCAAAGCUUGCCUCCCUUAUCCUCUAAAUGCGUUAUCUAUAAAGUUCCUAAGCGGCUACGACAUGUCAAGGAAAAAGCCUACACACCUAAGGUUGUCUCCAUUGGCCCGCUUCAUCAUGGUAGUGAAGACUUAAAAUCCAUGGAAGAACAUAAAAUGAGGUACCUGGGAGAUUUCAUUCGACGAACCGGGGAAACCUCGGAGUUCUUUAUUGACGUUGUAAGAAAGAACGAGGCAAAACUUCGUGAAUGUUAUGCAGAAACCGUUGAUUUUACAAGUGAAAAAUUUGUCAAAAUCAUUCUGGUUGAUGCUGCCUUCAUCCUUGAGGUCUUACUCAAGUCCUCCAACGACAAACUCCAAGAAGAAAACGACCGCAUAUUCAACAAACCCUGGUUGAUACAGGAUGUUUGGACCGACAUGCUUUUGCUUGAAAAUCAGCUUCCAUUCUUCAUUAUUGAGCUUCUUUUCAAUUCAUACAAAAGAGAAGCCCUUCCAAUCAAUAGCUAUGGGACGCCACUUACAAUCAAUAAUCUUACACAAGUGUUCUUCAAAAGCCGAAUGGAGUCACCUGGAAUAGAAGAAAGAUGGGAAGAAAUCUCUAAUGGUGAUGUCAAAAUCGAACAUUUUGUUCAUCUCCUACGACACGUGCAAUUACAACCUGUUGAGUUGCAUAGUGAAAGGAAACUUGAAACACUCACCACGCCCAGCAUAAGACAGCUAGACCAGGCUGGAGUCAAGUUUGAGGUAGGGCCAAGCAGAAAUCCAUUUGACAUAGAAUUUGAUAAAGCAAAAGGGAUUCUGAAAAUCCCAAAGCUUAUUUUAAGUGAUGAAACAGAAUUCACAAUCCGAAAUUCACUAGCCUUUGAGCAAUGCCAUUACGAGGAGAACUAUCUAAAUGAUUAUGUUAUCAUUAUGAGUCGCCUUGUUAGGAGUUUUAAGGAUAUAAACUUGCUGGUGGAUCAGCGAAUUGUUGAGAAUAGGCUUAACAACAACCAUGAAGGGUCAGAUCUUCUUAACAAGCUUGCCGAUGGGGCUAUUUUGGAUCAGGAUAAGUUCUAUUUUGCUGCUCUUUCUGAUCAGCUGAACAAAUACUACAACGGCUCCUGGCACAAGUGGAAGGCAAACUUGAAACAAAAAUAUUUCAGAACACCAUGGGCCAUCAUUUCAGUUAUUGCAGCUAUUUUUUUGUUUAUACUCACUAUCAUACAAACGGUGUAUUCUGCUCUUCAAGAGCAAAAUGGUGCCGUUUUGCUCCAAAAAGGGUUCACUUACCCUAAGCAAAACGGCACCGUUUUGCUUAAGCUGUUGGGCAAGGGGGGCACAAGCCUUGUGUUCAGGCUUUUGGGGCGGAUUAGUUUGACGGGCAAGAUCCAGACGAGUGCAAAUCCACAAGUUCAUUCUUCAAUUGGUGGUACUUUGGUGUUUUGCGGGACGACGGGACCUGUGUGUGAGGGGGACGACCGGCACGAUUGGCUGGAUGACCGGAGCUGUGCAUGA